GGUGUAUAUAGAGGAACACAAGGGUCUGUACAAGGACUUGAUGAUGGAGAAUCACCGGCCCCUCACAUCACUGGAUGGGCCCAGUAACAGAGAUACCCCAGAGAGAUGUCCCCGUCCUCUGUAUUCCCAGGAUUGUUCAGAGGAGAAUCACAGGAUCCCACAGGAGGAUCAGGGAGAACAUCUGGCUGAUAUGAAGGCAGAAGAUGUAAAAGGAGAAGAAGAGACGUAUGUGACUGAUAUAAAGGCAGAAGAUAUAGAGGGAGAAGAAGAGACGUAUGUGACUGAUAUAAAGGCAGAAGAUAUAGAGGGAGAAGAAGAGACGUAUGUGACUGAUAUGAAGGCAGAAGAUAUAGAAGAAGAGACGUAUGUGACUGAUAUGAAGGCAGAAGUUAUAGAGGUAGAUGAAGAGACGUAUGUGACUGAUAUAAAGGCAGAAGAUGUAGAGGGAGAAGAAGAGACGUAUGUGACUGAUAUGAAGGCAGAAGAUAUAGAGGGAGAAGAAGAGACGUAUGUGACUGAUAUAAAGGCAAAAGAUACAGAGGGAGAAGAAGAGACGUGUGUGAGGGGUGAUCAGCAGUGUAAGGAGUUGGAAAUCCCUACAGAUAUCCGCACAGAUGGACACUGCAAGAGGAAUACCUCAAAGGAACAUCUCUGUUUAUCUCCAGAUGGUGAAAGCGCAGAUGACAUCACACAAGUUUCUCUAGGAGAAAACUCUAUUACUCCAAUGAUAAAUUCCAUGUUGCAUAGUUCAGAUAUGCCAUCUGAUCCCACUUAUCAUGAAGAAAUUUCCCCUGAUAGUGUUACAUCUAUUACAGCUCUUAAAGUAGAUAACACAUUUUCCUGUUCUAUAGAUAAGACAUAUUGUACACAGAUCACAAAGCCUAUUACUCAUCAGCGUACUAAGGCAGAUGAGAACCCACUUCCAUGUUCUGAGUGUGGGAAAUGUUUUACACACAUAUCAUCUCUUGUUAGACAUCAGAGAAGUCACACAGGUGAGAGGCCAUUUCCAUGUCCUGAGUGUGGGAAAUGUUUUACACAGAAAUCACAUCUUGUUACACAUGAGAGAAGUCACACAGGAGAAAGGCCAUUUCCAUGUUCUGAGUGUGGGAAAUGUUUUAGAAACGUAUCAUCUCUUGUUAGACAUGAAAGAAGUCACACAGGUGAGAAACCAUUUCCAUGUUCUGAGUGUGGGAAAUGUUUUACACAGAAAUCAGUUCUUGAUAUACAUCAGAGACAUCACACAGGUGAGAGGCCAUUUCCAUGUUCUGAGUGUGGGAGGUGUUUUUCACUGAAAUCAAAUCUUGUUAGACAUGAGAGAAGUCACACAGGUGAGAAACCAUUUCCAUGUUCUGAGUGUGGGAAAUGUUUUACACUGAAAUCAAAUCUUAUUACACAUCAGAGAACUCACAGAGGUGAGAAGCCAUUUCCAUGUACCGAGUGUGGGAAAUGUUUUACACAGAAAUCAGAUCUUGUUACACAUCAGAGAAGUCACACAGGUGAGAAGCCUUUUCCAUGCUCUGAGUGUGGGAAAUGUUUUACAAUGAAAUCAAAUCUUGUUACACAUCAGAGAACUCACUUGGGUGAGAAACCAUUUCCUUGUUCUGAGUGUGGGAAAUGUUUUACACAGGAAUCAGAUCUUGUUAGGCAUCAGAGAAUUCACACAGGGGAGAAACCAUUUUUAUGUGCUGAGUGUGGGAAAUGUUUUACAGUGAAAUCAAAUCUUGUUAAACAUCAGAGAAGUCACACAGGUGAGAAACCAUUUCCUUGUUCUGAGUGUGGGAAAUGUUUUACAGUGAAAUCAAAUCUUGUUAAACAUCAGAGAAGUCACACAGGUGAGAAACCAUUUCCUUGUUCUGAGUGUGGGAAAUGUUUUACAAAUGAAUCCGGUCUUGUUAGACAUCAAAGAACUCACACAGGUGAGAAACCAUUUCCAUGUUCUGUGUGUGGGAAAUAUUUUGCACAGAAAUCAGAUCUUGUUGCACAUCAGAGAAGUCACACAGCUGAGAAGCCAUUUCCAUGUUCUGAGUGUGGGAAAUGUUUUACACUGAAAUCAAAUCUUGUUAGACAUCAGAAAACUCACACAGGUGAGAAGCCAUUUUCAUGUUCUGAGUGUGGGAAAUGUUUUUUACUGAAAGUACAACUAGAUAGACAUCAGAGACGUCACACAGGUGAGAAGCCAUUUCUGUGUUCUAUAUGUGGGAAAUGUUUUACAGUGAAAUCAGAUCUUGUUAUACAUCAGAGACGUCACACAGGUGAGAGGCCAUUUCCAUGUUCUGAAUGUGGGAAAUGUUUUGUACACAAAUCCGCUCUUGCUUCACAUGGGAAAAUUCACACAGGUGAGAGGCCAUUUUCAUGUUCUGAGUGUGGGAAAUGUUUUACACGAAAAGAACGUCUUAUUACACAUCAGAGAAUUCACACAGGUGAGAAGCCAUUUCCGUGUUCUGAGUGUGGGAAAUGUUUUAGACAGAAAUCUGAUCUUGCUAUACAUCAGAGAAAUCACACCGGUGAGAGGCCAUUUCCAUGUUCUGAGUGUGGAAAAUGUUUUACCCAGUCGUCAGAUCUUGUUAAGCAUAAGAGAAUUCACACAGGUGAAAAACCAUUUACAUGUUCUGUGUGUGGGAAAUGUUUUACAGGAAAAUCUGCUCUUGUUAGACAUUUGAGUAGUCACAUAGCUGAGAAACCUUUUUCAUGUUCUGAGUGUGAGAAAAGUUUUUCACGGGAAUCACAGCUUGUUAGACAUGAGAGAAGUCACACAGGGGAGAAACCAUUUCCGUGUUCUGAGUGUGGGAAAUGUUUUUCACUGAAAUCAAAUCUUAUUACACAUGAGAAAACACACUCUGGUGAGAAGUCCUUUUCAUGUUCUGAGUGUGGGAAAUGUUUUACACUGAAAUCAUAUCUGGUUUCACAUCAGAGACGUCACACAGGUGAGAAGCCAUUUCCAUGCUCUGAGUGUGGGAAAUGUUUUACACGUAAACCAGAUGUUGUUGCACAUCAGAGAAGUCACACAGGUGAGAGGCCAUUUCCAUGUCCUGAGUGUGGGAAAUGUUUUACAUAUAAAUCAAUUCUCGUUACACAUAAGAAAACUCACAGAGGAGAAAAAUAAUAAGCUGAUAUAAAGCAUCCCACGGGUUGCGAAAACCCAUUGAGAUUAUUACAAUAAAUUCUUAACACAGGCAUACAUUUACAUAAAAUAGCAAUUCAAUGAUAAUAUAACAUACCUAAAUAAUUGAAUACCACAAAAAUCAAUAAUUAUCUCAUUGUGGUGUCAAAAAACUACAUUUUUUUGUAGCUCGUAGUCCAAUUCCCCACUGCAUGAGGAUGUAGACUGUGAAAAGCAUUAGUCACCACACGGUGAGAGUAUUCUUGAUUUUAAAAUUCUUAUUUUAUAUUUGUUUUAUUUUCUUUUUGUUUAAGUCUAUAUGUUGUUUUAUCAUUUGGUUGCUGUUUUACAUGUACUGUAGUGUGUGUUGUUUUGAUCUUCUGAUAAUUUUUUUUUUGCACUUCACUCCAGGACCCACCAGUGUAAUUAUUUUAUUAUUUGUUUUUUGUAAUAUUCAGUUGUUACAGAUGCUGUUUGUCUUCUCACUGGAAUAUCUAUAUCUACCCUCCAGGACAAGGCUAUUAAAAUAUAAAUUUUUCAACUAAA